AAUAGUUCAUUUUCAUGAAGAAUACUUUCCCCCCCAAUAUUGAGAGAUGAGUGGUGAGGUACUGUGGUCAGUUGCACUCUUCCCAAAUGGUGGGACAGCUGUAGUACUGCAGAGCUGGUUUCGUGACAAGACCUCGUUAUUAUGGCCCCCCAAAAAAGUAAACCUGGCCAAAGCUCUUCGCGAGAAGAUGGAACCAGACCAUACCUGGAUUGCAUACAGUGAUGUCCGCCAGCUUGUUGCAUGUAAGACCUUUGAGGAAGCUAGGCGCAGAGAAAAGAAGUACAGCUCCACAAUGUGUGCAACCACAGAUUUGGAAACUGAAGAUGAAGAAGCUGCGAGGGAGAAAAGAAAACCACGCCCAAAUCCAGUAUACAUGGACUCCGACUCUGAUGAGCCAUCUGACCUGAAGAGGAAAAUGUUUUGCAGACCACCUGAUGUGGGCAUUCCAGGAGACAUGUCAAAAUCCUGGACAUGCCAAGAGCUGCCACAAUCAAGCCAGGCUGUGAGGUCCCUGGAGCAUUCAAGGGAGGUAACAACACCAAGGUCGGCUCCAGGCCAUUACGGUCAGCUUAGGCCGUCACAACUGACAAGACGUGAUCUGUUUGGUGACAUAUCUCCACGUGACCAAUUUCUCAAUGAAUCAGGCGCUACCUGCCACCAGCUGCAGGUCCCACAGAGAGAAAAUGUGACCAUGCAAGGUAGUGGGCAGCUUUACAAAGACAUCACCAUCGAGAAGCUGACGGAGAUGGUAGCAGAGGUGCUUGUGGUGGUGAGAGGACUCGCAAGGGAUAUGCAGUUCCUCAGGGGGCACAUGGCAGGUGGCAUCCCCGAUCAAGGGAUCCCCAAUCAAGAUCAGGUUCCGGAGUGCCCCAUCAAACUGCCCCUCAGCAAUGAGGCAGACUUGAACAAUGCUGAAACAUUGUUGAAGACUGAGGCAGUCCGUCUAAAGAUGAUUGCCCGCUUGGCCUUGGUGGGAGGCACUUCCUCUGAGUCUAUGGUUCGGAGGAUGCUUGGAACAGCACUUACCAAUGGCCUGGCCUGCAGCUACAGUUGGGCUGGCAAGAAUAACAAAAAGGCUUUUAAAGAAACCGUGCUACAGGAGUGCAUGUUUGCUGCUGCUCGGCAGAGUGACCGGCGGCUUACCCAGCAGGCCUUCAGUGAAUUAGUGAAAAAUUGGCUUCGGUACGCCCCUUGGCGUGUCGGGGGAAAGAAAAGGAACUAGAUCCUCCACUUCAGGAUUGAAGUCUUUUUUUUUUUUCUGUUGUUACUGACACAAUAAAACAACAAUAACAAACAA